UAUUAUCAUAAUUUAAUUGUGUAAGAUUAAAAGGUAAACCCCGACGGAUUUUAAUAUAAUCUCGAUAAAUAUGAGACAUAUACCGAUGCAUCGAGCUUAAUGAAACGAGUUUGCAGAGCGCCAUCGCGCUGUCAAAAUUAACGAACGACCGAUGUGUACUUCGCUAAUUUUAUCGCUCACGCGGUCGUUGCAGUGUGUCAGGAUCGAAGAUUAUGCGCGACGGAGAUGAAUAUCUCGCAAAAACUGAAGCAUAUGGCAGAAACGUGCUGUCUCUCCACGUGUGAUUGUUGAUAUUUCCGAAACACUUUCUAAUGUGAGAAAAGAUAAAACGGUAUUAAAAAAAAUGUUUAAAGAUAGAACGAGCCGAAAUGUUUGUUUGUAAAAGAAUGUGGGCAAUUUACGGCAAUUACCUCAUCGACGGUACGCUCUGACAAGAAAGUGUAAGCCUCUCUAUCGAUUCAUCAUGGGAAGUGAUUGCUGCAAAUGCACUAACGGUAAAAAGAAUUGCGCCAUUACUGGAUCCUCCUCCGAUGGAUCGGAAUACCGAAUCCGAGACGGAUUGCCAAUUCCAUCGGAUCGAUAUCGAUUGUCGAUGCGAGGCAAUGUCGUGCAAUUGGCCUUGAAGCAAUCGCGUAAAAACGAUGCGGGUUACUAUUCUCUCGUAGCAACAAGACUCGGACAGGAAAACGAUAAAGGGGCUGUAAAGAAAAUUCACCUAAGCAUCAGCGAAGCAAGUUACGAAGAGGGCGAUCCCCCAAUCUUCUUGAGAAGAUUGAGCGAUCUUGCGGUUAAGGUCGGCACUCGAACCAGAUUUCUGGUAGAGAUUCGAAGUUCAACCACUCCGAAGAUAUCUUGGUACAAAGAUGACUCACCGAUUCAUGAGGGACCCAGAUUUUCCCUCGUUCACGAGGGAAAUUUUCAUUGCGUCGACGUUGCUCCCGUCACGGUCGAGGAUCAAGGAUGCUGGACCUGCAUGGCGGAGAAUCGUAGCGGAAGAUCUUCAUGCACGUCCACUCUCACUGUUAUCGUUCCCAAGGCUUACAAAAGGCCGGAAUUUGUCGAGGAACUUCGCGCGCUUCUCACUGAAACGGGUACCGUGUCACUGGAAUGUAAGGUAGUCGGUGUGCCCACGCCGGUGCUGAGGUGGUUUAAAGACAGCAAGGAAAUUAAAGCUGGGGACGUUUUCGCUUUGACCGCUAAUGCCGAUGAUCCGACCUCCCUCGGCGUUUACACCUGCGAAGCAAAUAAUUGCAUGGGAACAACCUAUUCUUCUUCAAAGGUUCAUGUGGUCGGAAGAGGAAGCCGAGAAGGUUCGCUGAAACCCGCGGAUACCUUGGCACCAUCCGGACCUCUUCCGGUUUUUAAACAGAUGCUCCAAGAUGAAUGUUGUCGGAUCGGAGACACUCUUGUGCUAUCCUGUCGAGCUCAAGUACCACCCUGGCCGAAGGCAAUCGCCUGGUACAAUAAAGGAGGUCGCGUCGAACCCGACGAAAGAUAUCACAUAAUAGAAGAUGGCAUCGGAGGAUAUUCAAUCGAAGUGAAACAAGUCGAGGCUAUGGACGAGGGUGAAUGGAAGUGCGUCGCUACCAGCGAGGAAAAUAUGAAGCAAUUUACGAGCUGCUACGUAGCAAUGUCUAUUCCAAGAAACUAUAGAAAACCGCGUUUCAUGGAGAAUCUGAAAGCAGUCUUGACGGAAGAAGGUCUUGUCUCGUUCGAAUGCAAAGUCGUAGGUUUCCCGACGCCGUUGCUGAGAUGGUUUAAAGACGGUCAGGAACUUAAGCCAGGAGACGUCUAUCAAUUAACCGGGACUAAUUCAUUAGGUUCGUAUUGUUGCAUCGCGAAAAAUUGCAUGGGCGAGGCCAAAAGUACAGCUGAAUUAACUAUCGAAGAUAUCCAGAAUCAAUUAAAUGAAGAAGAACGUUUUCAGCUUUUAAGCACCAAUCAACCGCCAAAGUUUAUAAAAGGCCUCAGAAGUUGCGAGGCGAGGAUAAAUGAAGAUUUUCGGUUUACAGUACAAGUCAGUGUUGCACCACAACCAAGUCUUUCUUGGUACAGAGACGAUACGUUAAUGGAGGAAUCCGACAAAUAUCACGGGGCAAAGGAGAAUCUUGGCACGUGCCAUCUCGAAGUGCGAAAACUCGAAUUUAUCGAUCAAGCCGAAUGGAAGUGCGUAGCGGCAAACGAUUUCGGUCAUAGCGUCACUUCCUGUUUUUUGAAGCUAAUCAUUCCCAAACAUUAUAAAAAACCGAAAUUUCUCGAGAGCCUGCGCGCGAUUCUGUCGGAAGAAGGCGCGGUAAAUUUAGAAUGCAAAGUUAUCGGCGUCCCGCAGCCAGUUUUAAAAUGGUACAAAGACAAUGUCGAAUUAAAACCCGGCGACAUACAUCGAAUUAUCUCUGGGCAAGAUGGCACCUGUUGCUUAGGAACUUACACCUGUGAAGCUACAAAUUGCAUGGGAACAGUCAGUAGUUCCGCAUCUCUUUUAGGAUUUGAAGAUAAGAAAGAAACGAAGGAAAUUCAGUCACCAAACGGUCACGAACUGGCGAGGAAUUUAUCGUUAUCAACGAUACAUGAAGAACGAACCUCUCAAUUGUACGAUACACCACAGACGGAUCAUUCUGUCACUUUUGAUGAGCGCGGCGAGGUAUCCUUUAGUUUCGACGGCAAAGAAGUGUCAGUCAGUUUGUACGAAACACCCGAUCUCACCGAGGAAGAGGCACUACAGAUUGUCGAAAUGUAUGCCGAUCAGCUGUCCGAACAUGUAACAGAACACAACGUGAUCGAACUGCCGCCAAUGAGAUUUGUCAAAGAAACUUCUACAUCCGGUAAUUUGCUGAUGGAGGCUGUAGUAAUCGACGUUUCGCCCGAUUACUUUGUUAGCGCCGAAGAAGGCGAUGAUUUACGAACAGAAGCCGAUUUCGAGGAUGUUUCUAUUAUGGAUGAUGUGACGCACGUCCUCUCCUCGCUUGACUCCCGAAGUUCUCUAAAGAGAUCAGCUCGAUACGCGGAUGAGGAAGUUCCUAGUAGACCACCUCGAAAGAAAUCAACGAGUAUAUCAUCAUCGAAAAGCGAGAAGAGCCUUCGAAUCGAAUCCGAGACCUUCCAUAGUGCUCAAAAGGAUGAGGCGCCGUUGUCUCCGCUUUCGUCCUUAAAGCAAGACGACAGCGAUACUUUUGCUGACGCUUUGUCUUCUGCGCAUCUCUCCAUCACAGAGAGUCUCGUUCAAAAACAUAUUACAUCGGAACAUGAUGUAGCAGAUACUAGAAAACGUAGUUUGAGCACCGGAAGGUCAACCGGCUCCAGUUUAGACGAUGGAAUCAGUGCUGAUUCCUCUUUCGAUUCCAUGACUGGAAUUCCGAAAAAGAAACAUCGUAAGAAAAAGAAAAAGGACAAGAGCAAUUCCGAGGACUAUUCCGGCCACAGCGAUUAUGAGGAUAGAAAAAGUGGUAAAUCAGAAGAUAGAGCUGACGUGAAAAUAAAACAGUAUCAAUCUACAGAAUCAGCUGACGCAAAAGAAAUGGACAUCGGAAAUGGAAUCUCACAAGAGUCGAUAAAAAAAUCGUUUUCUGAGGAAAAACCGUUAGAUAAUUUAACAAGCGUGACGGAAGCUGUUAACGUACACACUUUGGAAGAGAGUCGAAAAUUGAAAAAAGAUAUUCUUUUAGAAUCAAGAACGAUCCUGCGCAAAACUUUGGAGACGUACGAAAAAGUUCCCGAUACUUUAGUACCGCGAUUUUCCAGUAUUCGCGAGCGGGUCAACGAUGUAUGUCAAACGUUGGAAAUUUCACAAGAAAAAGGUAUGGAAAUUGAAACCCUGAUCGAUCUCGAAGUACCUCUGCAUGCAUUGUUAAAGACUAUUGAUAAAAUUACAUCAGCGGAAGACAUGGAAAUUAUACGCAAUUUUCUCGAGCCAUCGAUCCGUCAGCUAUCGCACGUUGUUGAAGGCCUCGGAUUGUCAUCUUUGCAGCCUACUCUGAUGAUUUUGAGAAAAAUCAACGAGCGCAUUUGUAACAUUCCUAUCGAAAAGGAAGAAUUGUCUUCGCUAAAAUCAAUCUCCGACGAAACUCGAAAUAUAUCCGAGGAAAUUCUAGAUAUGCUGAUCGAUAUUCAGUCGGCGUUUAGUGCGAUUUUAGAUUACAUGGAAUGUUCGAAACUCGCGAUGAACGGAACUGCUGCUUCGCAGCAGGCUUUAACGGGGUCCAAACUCGCGGCGUGUUUAGUAGAGUUACGAGAGUGCGUAUCCCACACAACGCACACUGCGAUGACACUGAAAGAAAAUGAGACAUUAAACAGUUUAAUGGAAUUUAGAGAGCCCUUGUUAGAUCUUCAAGUAAUUUUAGCGUCAGACGAAUAUAAUUUUCGAGAAAUUACGAUACUGAAAGAAAUCAUCUUUGCUAUUGAAAGAUUGAAAAAUGUCGUUGUAACAAUACUAGAAAAUUCCAAAAACUCUGAAACAACCUCGCGAGUAAAAAUAAUUCUUCAGAUAUUGGAAGAUACCGAUAAAGAAAUAUCAAAAUUGAUGGAACAAUUGUUGGAGAUGGAAGCUACACAAAAACGCAUGCUGAAGAAUCUAAAUAUUGAUCAAAGUUUAAGCAGCGUGCAUUUCGCCCUAUCAUCGGUUUUAGAACAGCAAGAAAAGUUUGUGAGCUCUCAUCAUUUAAUUACGUGUAUUGAAACGUUACGUCAAACAAUUGGUUCUUCAGCCGUUACAAUAGCCAAUUUAAAAAAUCCAACCGACAAUGAUAUAACUCAAGAGAUUAUGAAAUUAACUGAUUCGUUGUUAAAUCUGCAAAAAAAUUUAUUAACGGAAAAGCACGAACCAGGAGAGGAGCAAAUUCUAAAUAACUUGAUAAAUCCUAUCGAUAAAUUGAAAGAGAUAAUUCACAGCAUAAUGGAAAGCGAUUCUUCGAUCGACUUAAUAAUACUACCUAUGUUAAAACUAUUGGAAGAAAUAGAGAAAGAUGCAAUCCUUGUUACAAAAGAAAUGUCGAAGAAAAAAUCUCAAGAGGAAAAUGCUACCAAGUCUCGAAAAGAAAAGAAAGGCGAUUCAAAAUCGAUUCUCGCUUGUCAAAUCAGCCGUUCUUUGGAACCUAUUAAACAAUGGUUAUCCACGUCCGAAGACAGUACGAAAGACGAAAUAGAAUCUACAUUAAGCUUAACGAUCGAGGAAUUGAAGAGAGAUGUCACUCAAAUUGCCAUUCAAACGUCAUAUUCUGAACCGCCAGAUGAUGAAAGUUUGAUAGAAGCAUUGAUUGACCUUCGAGAACCAUUGAUAAAACUUAAAAACGCUAUUUCUAUGUAUCGUAGACCGGAAGAUUUUUUAACCUUAGAGAACUUGGGUCAGCCUAUGAAACAUCUUUUGCAAAUUAUCACGAACGUUUUUCACGAACAUGCGGAAGAAGAGCGCCUAAAAUCGAUGGUAGAGAUCGUUGAACAAAUCGAAAAUGAGAUAUCGCUCUCGAUCAAAGAUACUCUCUACCAGCAGGAACUUGAACAAUCUGUCCAAACAUUUAAUGUGGAAGAAAAAGAAGACAUUAUUACAGUCUCUUCCCAAGAAACAAUUCCAGGCACUCUUACAGAAAUCGCGUCUACGCCAUUUGAAACCGGAUCCCUUGCAUUGCCUACUGAACAACUUAUAAUAGAAGAUAAUCUCAAAAUAACGGUCGAUGAUAUCGCUUCGCAGGUUAUAAAAGCUGAGAAGCAAGAAAGAGAGAAAAAUGCAGGCAAAUUAAUUACAGUCUUGUCGGAAACUUUGGAAAAGCUUCAAUUAGAAAUGACUAAUAUCCUAGAAGAUUUCGAGGAAUCGGCAACGCGAACCGCUACGAUUCCCCAAUCAAAAUUAGCCAAUUUUGUCGAGGAACUGAGGAGAACUACAUCCACAAUACGCAUGAUAACCUCCGUUUAUGACAAAGAAAUUGGAUCAUUGGACGAAAAAGUUAAUCAGACAAUUGUAAUGCUAACUAAUUUAACACAACCGCUGACAAAUAUACAAGAAUUGCUUUCCAGACCACGCGAACAUGACAUCUCCGAACUUAUGAUAUUGAAUCGAUUAACACCACUAUUGAAUGUAAUAGAAACUAACGUGAUAAAACAAACAAUCGAUUUUGUUGAUAAAAAUGAAGACACGGAGAAGGAGUUUGAAUUUCUCCUGCACGUUUUGCAAGACAUUAAAGCGGAAAUUCCAAUUGUAAUUCAAGAAAUAUCAUCGAGACAAAAAGCUUUAGAAUGUCUCCGGGAUGUCUCGAAGCCUCUGGAUAGUAUUGUGGAGCGUAUGAAUGAUUUGCAAAAAGCUGCAGAAGGAACCCUCGAGACGGAUGUCGCGAACAUUUUGGGGAAGCCGAUCGCCGCUCUUUUAAAAGAUAUCAAGAUUGCUAUUCAAGAAACAGGUACGCUAGAUCGACGAGGGCCAAUAAUUAUCGAAUUACGAAAUCUUCUCGAACCUUUGCUAGAAUUUCAUAGCUGUCUUUCAAUGGUACAGAGCAGUCGACAAAGUUUGGUUCCGGAAGGUUAUUUAUUAGAGGAAAGAAGAAGCGUUAUCUUACAAGCGGUAGGUGAUCUGCGAAAACAAGUUUGCCAUACAGUCGAAACGAUUGCGAAUAUGGAAGAAGCUUCUCUGUUCGAUGAAUCUUUGAUGUUGCUCAACUCCGCGAUUCAGCAAGUGCAGAAAAAAAUCGGUAAGACUGAUUAUUCGCGCCGAUCUAGUAGCGUCAAGGUUCCUCUUCAGCAUCGACUUACCGGCACGUUGAGUCGCUUAGCGAACGCUAUAGCAGCUGUAGAGGAACAUGCUGAUAGAGACACAUAUGGAAUAUUAUCCAAAUGCUUAGAAGCUUUGCAUAAACAAAUCUCCUUUACACAAGUGCAGUUUAUUCAGAUCGGUAGUGAAUCAAUCGACGAAGAAGCAAUCAUUGAAGGCUUUCUUUAUCCGACUAAUCAACUUCUGUCGGCCUUAAACGUCCUUAAAGAGAAUACGCAGAAAGUACCAUCGGCGAUUUCACGUAAUUUAAUAAUUCAGUUUCAAGAACUGGCCGAUUCAAUCUCAGAAUUAAAUUCUUCUUUGGCGGCGCAUAAAGCCGAGCUCGUACAAGAAGGCGCUUCUACAGGAGCUCCGAUCAUAGAAACCUUUUCUGCUGUUACGGAUGUCUUGAGUCAUGUGAAAGAUUCCAUAAUGGCAAUAGAGAAGACUGUCGAACAGAAAGAGAGCAUCACAAAGGUAGAAAGUAUCGCUGAUGAGAUUAUAGAGCUAUCGCAGGAAGAAAUUGAGAGCGUAAUAACGAUCACGGAAAUACCGUCGUCGGCAGUUCAAGAUGUUGCUCAAUCGAAGAUUGAAGAUACACCUAAAAUAACACAAACGCCGGUUAUAGAAAAUGUGGAAACGGCGACCCGUAUUGAACAAACGGAAGAUAAUCUGGUGGAUACAAAAAAAUAUGAGGAGAAUCAAGAAGAAAAUGAGAAACAAAAAUACUUGAAAACUGAAAUGUCAAAAUUCAACUCUACGAUAAGUAGCCUGGCACAGCCUUUGAAAGAACUGAUCAGUUUCGUGGAAUCCGCUACGCAAGAAUCGCUGGUUUCAAAGUCUGAAGAAAACAAGCGGAAAAUACAAGAGCUAACAGCAUUGGUGCAAAUACUUUACGAUUUACAAGCUACGAAUAUUUCUGUUAAGACAGCUUUGUCUUCUCCGUCUAUUAUACUAAUAGAUAGCAAAUUUUCUCGUAUGAAGGAUAAUGUGGCUAAUUUUGAGCAAGCUAUCGGUACAGUUAUUUCUUUGACUGAUGCAGGAGUGAAGCCAGAAUUAAAAGAGAAUAUUAUAACGUCUUUACAAUCUAUUGUCGAGCCUUUAAAUGCUCUUGAAAAUACAUUAGUAUCUAUAUGUCAAACGUUCGAUGGAGACAAGUAUGUCGAUCAAAACGGAAAAUCGUUACCUAUAAUUGCAAAAGAUUUAAUACCAUGCAUUAACGACACCAUUAAAUCUGUAAAUGCCAUUCAAGUAUUAAAAUCUGUUAAAAUUGCCGACGAGAGAGAAACAGAAAUAUCGAAAAUAAAAGAGGAGAUAAAUGAUAUCGAAGAAACGACUGCGCGACCUCUCGAAGAACUGAUAGAAGCUAUUAUGGAUUCUCAGGAUCAAGUGAAAUGCGACAAGACUUCGCCUUACGAAUCUAGUUCACCUUCCGCCGAUCCAAUCGAAUCGAAAAGCAUCGACAAUCUGUCGAUAGAAGAAACAGAAUUAAAUGAAACAUUCAUUAAGGAAACGAACGAUUUAAUAGCACAAGAUACAGUAGAAAUAUUACAACAAGAAUUAACAUCCGCACCAGUAUUUAGCCAAAUCGAAGAAAUACUUGCUGAGAAGGAAGCAACGAUAAAAUCUGCAACAGAAUCAUUGGAAGAGAUUGAAGAGAAAAAUUUAGAAACGAUUAAUCAGCAAAAAAUAGAAUUGACUCAGGUGUCUGAAAAAGAUGCAACGCAAGAAAAACAAAUAAAAGUUGAAACUUUACACGCGAUUAUUUCUCCUCUUCAAGUAUUACGUGAAUCAUUCAAUAAAAUCGAAGAUGUAGGAACUUUAGAAUCAUCCGACAAAAAAAUGAUUGCAUUUUCGACUCUGAUAGAACCGUUAUUAAAUCUAGAAGUUGCAUUAUCGUCUGAAAUUACUGAAGAAAUAAAGCAAGACACAGUGUCGUUGGAAAAAUUAUCUAUCACAUGCGUUUUGCAAGAAUUACAAAAUUCAAUUGCUACGAUUCAAGAACAAGUGCAACUUAAUACUGCAACCGAAGCCAGUUCGAGUAAAACAGCUAAAAUACGUUUAUUACAAGCCAUCGAAAAACCAUUGGAAGAUUUAAAAAUGUCGAUCGCGUGUAUCCAAUCUGAUCCAAUAACUUGUCAAUUGAUUCAGCAAAAAGAGGAAUUAUCGAGCGUUAAACAGAUCACAAUCCUACAAACUCUUGCCAAAUCAGUGGAGCAAUUUGGAGACAAAUUUAUGGCUAUUACCAACGAACUAAAAAUAGAAGAAUCUGAGUCGCCAUUGCAAAUCAUUAAACAAAAAGAUCAAGAGCUCGAUCCCGAAAUUUUACAUAAGAUUGUUGAGCCGAUUCAUAUUCUACGCGAAACACUUUCUCAAAUCGAAGAAUUGAAAAGUCAUAAAACCGAGUUGCUGGAAAUACCGGAACAGAAGAGAGAGAUUAUUCAAUUAAAUACAGUAAUAAAUCCCUUGGAAAAAUUAGAACAAUUAUUAUCUACAAAUAUACAACAGAUUACACCGAUUUCGAUGGCGCAGGAGAAAGCUCUUGGCGGAAAUCAAAUUUCAUUGACAAGUGCGGAUUUGAAGCCCGUGUUAGAAGAGCUGAAAGACUCAAUCGUAAUUCAACAACAAGCAGUCUCCAACGAAGAUAGUCCUACAGUAAAAACGUUAAACGAAACUUUCGAAAAUCUGAAAACACCACUAACAAUCAUUCAAGAAAUCAUCGAUUGUUUCGAUGAAAUUACCGAAACUGAAAAAUUAUCGACUCUGCUAAUGUUUGCAAAAUCCGUGGAAGAAACAACGAAUCAACUAGUUAUAGCUAAACAAAAUAUAAUGCAACAAGAAAUGCGAGAAACUUCUCUGUUAAAAGCGAUAACUAUUCCAAUCGAAGGAUUACAAAGUGCAAUAUUAAAAUUCGAAGAUCGACUGUCUCAAACAUUAGAAACAAAGGAAUCGAUAAAACUUGUUGCUUUAGAAUCUAUGGUGCAACCGUUACAAGAGCUACAGCAAUCUUUCUUAAUUGCAUCUCAUCAAGAAAUCGUCCAAUCUUUACAACGAUUGCCAAUUAAGCCGAUAUUGGACAGUCUGAAUAAAUCUGUUGCGGUGAUUCAAAAUCAAGCUACGAUCGUUCAAGAUUUGCUCACAGAGGCAAGUACGGACGAUUUGGCGAUGUUAAAAGACUUCGCGAAAUCACUCGGUAAUUUGAGGACGUCGACAGUGGUCCUGCAACAAUUAAACGCGAUAGAAAACGCUGGCCAGCAAAUCGUAGAGAUUGAAAACGCGUCCGCGUUGCAAGCAUUCGCGAAAUCUAUCGAGGAGUUUAGAAAAUGUUGCUCUAUCGUCAUCGAAAAGCCGAGAAUCAUCGAAGCUUUCGCGAAAAGUACAAUAGAAUUAAAACAAUCGGCUAAAACGGAUGCGCAACUCCUUGAAAAUAUCAUCGCGCCUCUGCGAAUUUUACAAGAGCAGAUUUUAACCAUCGAAGAAACUAAAAUGCAAGAAUCUGAAGUCUUGGAUAUUACGGAGAUAAAGAAACCAGUUACGGUAUUGAGCAGUCUAGUGGGUCCCUUGCAACAACUUGAAAAAUCUUUCGUUGCAACGGUAUGCAAAGAACAUGUGAUCGAACAUGAUGGACAGAAUCUGGCAACCGAAUCACCUUCCACGAGUUUAGAAAAACUUGCUUUACAGCCUAUUCUCGAGGAGGUGCAAAAGUCUAUCGCCACUGUUCAAGAGCACGUGAUAUUAGAGGCAGGCCAAAUUAUCUCGGAAGCAGAAACUGACGCUUUACUCAAAUCGAUCGCGCAACCUCUAGUGGAUCUAAGAGCCUCCAUCGCAUCUAUUCAGCAAGUGACUACAAUUGCGCCUGAUCCUCUAAACGAACUGGCACAGCAACAAAAUAUUUCGGCAUUGGAAUCGUUUGCUGAAACUCUCCACAAUCUAUCGGAAUGUAUAGCGAUGUGCAAUCAUCAACAGAUAAUCAUGGAGCCUGUGGCGGACACUUUUUCCGAAGGCGCUUCGUCUUUGAAUACCUGGGCAGAUGUAAUCGACGAACAAUCGCUAUCAAAAGUCACGCAACCAAUGGUAAUCGAUCAAGUCGCGAUCGAAUCUCCGAUCGAGGUCGCGACGUCGAUAUCGGAUGAUGAAGCCUCCGCGUUGAAAACACUAGCAAAGCCUUUAAUCGAAUUGCGAGAAUGCCUGGCACUCGUUAUCGAAGAGCGUAAAAUAGUUGCGCCAAGCGAUACUACGUCUUCUUUAUCAGAGAGAGAAAAUGUGUCUUUAUUGAAAACGAUGAUACAGCCUUUGUUGGAGUUGAAGGAUGCAGCUACAGCGGUAAUUAUUCAAGAACAGACGGUUAUCGAACGUGCAAAUGAACAUUCAUUCGCAAUCGAUGGCAAGAAUGAAUUCGCUCUUCGUCCAUUGAUGGAACCGCUCGAGGAACUGCGUCAUUCCAUUGCUGUAAUAGAGGACCAGAUGCUGGUCGAAACAUCAAUAGAUCAACCUCAGAAUGAGAUUGUAUUAGAUGCGCUGGCUGAACCUCUGCUGGACCUCCAACGCGCUAUAUCGGUUUUAGAAGCGCGAGUUAUAUCGCCGGAUGUAGAAUCAUUGCCUGAAGACACGAGCAACAGCUGGAUCACGGAAUGUUUAGCGGUUCCUCUACACGAAAUCGAGAGAUCGAUAGCCGAUAUUCGACAAUGUACAAUAAUAGAGCCUGAAAAAAUAAGUGUGAAAGAAGAAAUAGAAACAUCGAUACCUUGGUCUAUCGUCGAGGAAUUAUCGAAACCAAUGGAAAAUAUUAAAUCAGCGAUAUUACGUAUGGAAGAUGACUAUACCGAAACUGAAAUCCUCAAAACAAUGGUACAAUCGCUUACUAAUGUACAAGAGAAAUUGAUGUUAUUGAAAAACAAGCAUUUAAGUGCUGUUGAGGAGAGCAGUAUUGACGCUAUUGUUGACUCUCUUUUCAAUUUUGAGAAAUGUAUUUCAUUCGUUAAGAAAGAAAUUGUCGAUAAACCAAUGUCUGAAUCAUCGAUAAAAAUAGACACUGCUAUAUCCGCCGCUCUUAAUGUUCCAUUAAACGACUUAAAAUAUUCCAUUGUGACGGUAAAGGACUCGCCAAGCAUUUAUCUAAAGGAUUUACAAAGACCCUUAGAACUCGUGCAAGAUGCGUUCGAAACAAUUAUAUCUAUACAACAAAAUAACAAGCUAUUGAAUUUAUCGACAAAAGUAACGAAUGCUAUUUCAAAUAUUAACACAUCUAUUGAAUCUAUCGGACAUAAAUUAGAAGAACAGCAGGUGUCGGCUAUUGAAAUUUGCAUCGAAUGCGAGGCACUUGGAAUGUUGACGAAACCUUUACAGAAUAUUAAACAGUGUAUCACACAAAUACCAGAGAAACCGAAAGAAACUGCUAAUUUAAUGAUCAGUACCUUGCAGAAUCUCGAGAAAUCAGUAGCUGUAAUACAACAGCAGUCAGCUGAUAAACCAUUGGCGGACCCGCAACACGCAAAUUUCGGUAUCCUUUCAAAAAAUUUAAUAUUGUGCCUGCAUGAAUUGCAAGAAUCGAUGGAAGAGGCGAAAGCAUUAUGGCACAAGCAAACAAUAUUAGAAGGAUUAAUAAUCCUUGAGGAACCGAUUUGCAAAUUACAAUCUAUAAUUAAUAUUAUAUCUGAUCAGUUCUUGGCAGAAGAAAUGAUUCAGAUAAUAGAAAAACAGAAGAUAGCAUCUCAAAAGAAAUCUGCAAAAAAAGAAGUUAAAAAAUCUGAAACAAUUAUCGAAAAAGACGAUGAAAUAAACAAAACAAUAAAAGUAGAAAUAGAAGAAACUAAGCUGACAGACACUGCAGAUUCUACAGUAACUAAUGAUAUGGCGGAUAAAGAGGAAAAGAAAAAUUUAGAAAUAAAACAAAAACAAGAAAAAGAAGAUGAAAAAUCAAUCAAGGAGAAAUUAGAACAGCCAAAAGAUAUAGUUAAAAAAGGGAAAGAAAAAGAAGAGGAAUAUAAGAAGAUAGAGAAACAGCAAGAAUGUAAAAAAGAGGCUGAUGAAAUGAAAAGUAGAAAUGAGGAACAAAAGAAGGAGGAAAUAGAAAAAAUAAACAAAGAACAGAAAAGCAAAGAAAUUGAACAAGUAACAAAAGAAGUAGAACAAAAUAAAAGUAUAAAAGAUGAAAGGAUUAAAAAAGAUGAAAAAGAACAUAAGAUAACACAAGAAACUGAAAGUUUAAAAAAACAUGAAGAUGGAAAAGUAAAACAAAUUGAAAAACAGGAAAAAGUGAAUGCGACUGAAAGCAUAAAAGACGAAAUACAGGAAUCUAAAAAAAUCAUAGAAACUGAAAAAAUAAAAAGUGAAAAGAACGAACAGCAAAACAAAGAAAAUUAUGAGGAAAUAAAUAAAAUGGCAGAAAAACAAGAGCAAGAGACUGUACAAAAAAGAAAAGAAUCAGAUAAAAGUAAGAAAAUUGAAAAGGAUCUAAAUGUGAAGGAAGAAACGGGAAAGAUAAAAUUAGAAGAAGCCAAAGAUAUCGAAAGAAAAAAAGUGAAAGAAAAAGUAAAAGAAGCAACAGAACAAUAUGAUAAAAAAAAUGAAAUUGAGAAAUUACAGAAAAAAGAAACAGAUGAGAUAGAUAAAACACAGCAAAAAGAACAAGAACACGUAAGAAUAGAAAAAACUGAAAUUGUAGAAAAAGAUCAUAAAAUAGAAGUCAAAGAAAUAAAAAAACAAGAAGAGGAUAAGACUAUCAAAAAAGAUGGAAAAGAGCAAGAAAAAGAAGAUGAAAAAGCAAAAAGAAUAAAGACUGAAAAAUUAGAAAAAGAGGAACAAAUAAAAAAGGAAGAAGACGAAAAGUUAAAGGACGAAAAGACGAAGGAAAUGAAAAAGAAAAAAGAGGAUUCUAAUAAGAAAGAUGAAAUUGUACAAGAAAAAUUAAAACAACAGGAACAAACGCCAGAAGAAGUGGAAGCAAUAAAAACAAAGCAAGAUCAGAAGGAAAAGGAGAUAACAGAAAAAGUAAAGGAGAAAGGAGACAAAAAAGCAAAAGAUGAUGUAGAAGAAUUAGAAACAAAAGAAGAAAAGUCUACCAAAAUAGAAAAAUUGAAAGAAAAGAAACAAAAAGAAGAGGCUAAAGUUAAAACAUCAAAGAAGGAAGAUGAACAAAAACAAAUAACUGAAACUGAAAAAGUAAAGGUAGCAGAAAAUGAAGCAGAAACAAAGAAGGAUAUGCAAGAGGAUAAGAAAGAGAUAACACAAAAAAAGGAUAUACAACAAGAUAAAAAAGUAGAAGAGGAAAGAGAGGAAAGAAAAAUAGAGGAAAGGAAAGAGGAGCAAAAAGAAACAACUGAAACUGAAAAAGUAAAGAUAGUAGAAAAUCAAGCAGAAACAAAGAAGGAUAUACAAGAGGAUGAGAAAAAAAUAACACAAAAGAAAGACAAACAACAAGAUAAAAAAAUAGAAAAGAAAAAAGAUGAAGAAAUAGAGGAAAGAAAAGAGGAGCAAAAACAAACAAUUGAAACUGAAAAAAUAAAAGCAGCAGAAAGCCAAGCAGAAACGAAGAAGGAUAUACAAGAGGAUAAGAAAAAGAUAACACAAAAGAAGGAGAAACAACAAGAUAAAAAAAUAGAAAAAGAAAAAGAGAAUCAAAUAGAGGAAAGAAAAGAAGAGCAAAAACAAGCAACUCAAAUUGAAAAAGUAAAGGUACCAGAAAAUCAAGCAGAAACGAAAAAAGAUAUGCAAGAGGAUAAGAAAACAACGACACAAAAGAAGGAUAAGCAGGAAGAUGAAAAAAUAGAAAAAGAAAAAGAGGGACAAAUAGAAGAAAGAAAAGAAGAGCAAAAACAAACAAUUCAAAUUGAAAAAAUAAAAGUAGAAGAAAGCCAAGCAGAAACGAAAGAUAUGCAAGAGGAUAAGAAACAGAUAAUAGAAAAGAAGGAUAAGCAGAAAGAUAAAAAAGUAGAAAAAGAAAGAGAGGAACAAAUAGAAAAAAGAAAAGAGGAGAUUAUUAAAAUAGACCAAGUGGUACAGCAAACACAAAAUGAAUACAUAAAGAAAGAAAACGAUGAAGCUAAAGGCAAUCAGAAAUAUAAAGAAGCAAAAAAAGAACUAGAGGAAACGACACGUAUAAAACAAAAGCAAGAAGAAAAAUUAAAUAAGGAAAUUCAAAAAUCGAGAGAGGAUAAAGAUUUACAUAUAAAAGUGGAUAAAUAUCAGAAAAGACAAAGAGAUGACGAAAUACUCCAAAAACGAGAAGAGCAGAGCAAAUGGCAAUGUGCAGAAAUGGAAAAAACAAAAAGAAACGUGGAACAGAGACAGUGGAGGUCACAGGAUGAUGAAGAUUGGUUGCGCACGAGAAAAGAGGAACGAUUUAAUAGGAGUAACGAAUAUAGACUAGACACAGAACGUAAAGAGCAAUACGAUCGUCAGAAAAGAGAUGAUAACAAAAGGCUACAUCAACUGGAAAUAGAGCGCUUAGAAAAAAAAUUCGCCGUGGGACGAUCCAAAAGGGAUGAAACCGAUUACAUGUCUAGAGCAGACGAGGAAAGGCUUCAGAAAAGAAGCGACGAAAAAAGAAUCAGAGGAGACGAGACUGCUAGAUUAUUAUGGGAAGAAGGACAAAAGUUACGAAAGAAACAAGAGGAAGAGGCAAUCAGGAAUAUACAAAGAAGAAAGGAGCAAAUCAGAGAAAGCGAAUGGUCCAGAAGACGUGAAAACGAAUCCGAUCGCUUCCUUAAAAACAUGUUGGAAACCAGAUACAAACCCGACAAAUCGGUCUCAAUGUUUUUCGACGUCGAUUAUUCGCGAGAUUAUACUUCACGACUUGUUUCGGGCAUCUCAACGCUUUCUAGCACUUCCAGAUCGUACAGCUGGAGAGAUUCUCUGACGUCUUUAAGUAGAAGAAGAAUCGACGAUUAUUGGGAUUAUAAAUUGCACGGCUCUUCCAUGGAUAAAUAUUUCGACAUAGGAUCGUACAGAAGGCGCAAGAGAAGAGAAAACCGUAUGAUUCGCGCGAGAUCGACCAGUUUGCUCAAGUACGAAGACUAUUCGACCGGAGAUAGCGAUGCUACCAUUGUACCUAGCACUCGACGCAUUCGACCUGUUCGACGCACAAAAACGGAGGCUUCACGUAUCAAUUUCGAUCUUUACGAGCCUAGUCUGUCCAGUUACGCUGGCUUCGGUCAAAGUGAGGAUCUUUCAUGGGACAAACCAAAGAAGCCAUCGUUCUGCACGAGACUGACAAACAGAGUCGUAGGAACCGGUAUGAGAAUAAGACUGACCUGCACCGUUCUUGGUAAUCCGGAGCCGCGCGUCUACUGGACCAGAGAUGGUCAAAAGUUGGAUGUGUCAGACAGUCGCUGUCGAACGCGAUACGAGAACGGUAUGGCCUAUCUGGAAUUAUAUGAUGCACUUCCCACAGACGCCGGAAUGUAUGCAUGCGUGGCUGAGAACGCACAUGGCAUUUCGAGCACCGAGUCCACCUUGAGGGUUUACUCCGAUUAUAAACCUGCGCACUCGCCUCCAACAUUUGUAAAGUCAAUUAGAGACACUUAUCGAUAUUCCGAUCAGAAGCUCAUCUUGGAAUGUCGUGUACGAGCACAUCCGCCACCUUCGAUCUUCUGGCUAAGAGACGGGCAGGUUCUUCAGGGCGAGCGUUAUAAGCAGAGCUAUCUCGACGAUGAUGUGUAUCGAUUAGAGAUAGCGAAUCCUAAUGCCGCGGAUAAUGGACGAUACACGUGUCGUGCGGUAAACGAUCUGCACACUGAGGAAACAUCUCAUGUGGUUCACGUCGAAGAUUGGCGAUCCACGAGCCGAUACGAUCUAAAGUCGAGCGACGAAACCGGACUGGAAUUGACACGACGACCACGAUUCUCCAAUUUAUUAAAAGAUUACAACGUGCCCGCUGGCGGUACCAUCGCUCUUCAAGUAGAAGUUAAAGGUGUACCAGCUCCGGAGAUAAGGUGGUUACGAGGUGACCGGAAGGAGCCGAUCGCCAUACCGAAGGCGAGAACCUUCACCGAGCGUGGACUUCACACGUUAAUUGUACCCGAGGCGACAGAAUCGGAAAGAGGCACAUACGUGUGCAGAGCGAUCAAUGCUUACGGACAAGUGGACACGUCGGCGACAGUGGACGUAAUAACAUCGAGUGCCAUCGACGGCGGAAAACCGGCAGCGUUCGUCUCGAGACCGUCCAAAAAAACGAUCGACGUGACCGUCGGCGAAGACGUCAGUAUAUCCUUCCGAGUCAACGGCACCCCUAAGCCACGAGUAAUCUGGAUGAAAGGAUUAACGGAUAUCACGGACGGACCGAGAUCGUACAAGGAGAGUAUUGAUGAUUACGUUAGAUUAACAUUAAAAAGAGCCGUACCUUCUGAUGAAGGUACUUACUGCAUUCUGGUUAAAAAUAGAUACGGUUGCGACAGGAGCUUCUUCUCGAUCAAGGUGAAGCAACGCGCUAGGUCGUUGACCCCAUCGCCGGAUUGGAAUUCCGUUACCGAGCGUGACGCAGGCGAGGAACACGAUGACGACAUGUCAUAUGUGAGAAACGUGCCUGGUCCAAUUAGUAGCGAGCCCGUCGCUGUUGAUGGCGGAAAGAAUUGGUUGUCGCUGACUUGGGGUAAAGCAGAGAGAAGAGGACCUGCGCCGGUGAUCGCUUAUAAAGUCGACGCUUGGCUUUUGGGCAGUGACGGAGGCGCACGAUGGAUAGAGCUGGGAAUCACGCCUAUCAACGCCUUCGACGCGUUCAAUUUACGACCGGGUGGAGAAUACAAGUUUCGCGUAACGCCGCGAAAUCGCUACGGAUGGGGCGAACCGGUUACUAUGACGAAUUCAGUGUUAGUGAGCGAAAGUACCGAUCUUCCGGAAUUCACGAAAAUCUUACCGGGUCAAUUGAAGGCACUCGAGGGAACGUCGAUAAGAUUAGAAUGCGAGAUUCACGGUGAUCCCAAGGUGGAUGUACGAUGGUACCGCGAAACAACGGAGAUAGAUUCGCGCAGUGACUCAAGAUUCGCGAUAUAUUACAAUGGUUCCAAAUGUUUCUUAACACUUGCGAAUAUCAAAGAGAAUGAUUCCGGAAGAUACGUUUGCGAGGCGAGCAACAAAAUUGGUAAAGUGUCUUCAUUCGCUAGGGUUCUCGUUGUUAACGAUCCCAGAAUUAUCGAAGCCGAUACAAAACUCAGAACAAGUUUGAGAAUCGAGCCGAAAGAUAAACCGCCGCAAUUCACCAUGAGAAUACGAGACAGGCGAGUGCAGACGACCUAUCCGAUAAGGCUCACCUGUCAAGUUAUUGGGCAUCCCGCUCCAGAGAUCACGUGGUACAAGAAUGAAGAAAAAAUCUCCCAAGAUGAUCGUCACAUCUUCUGGGAUGACGAUUCAAACUUCCACACUCUGGAAAUAACCCAUUCCACCCUCGAUGAUUCCGGAUGUUACAUGGUAACUGCGAGGAAUGUAAACGGCUCGGUAUCAUGUCGAUGUACUCUCGUGGUGGAUAAGGGAAUUCGAGCUUACGUUGCUCCAGAAUUCCUUCGCGGUCUCGAUGCAGCUUACACCGUUCAUUCUGGCCGGGAGCUACGAAUGUCCGCCCAACUCGAAGCAUAUCCGAGUGUUGGUGUCGUUUGGCAUCGCGACGGUAUUCGACUAAGACCUAAUAGAAGAGUCGUAAUGACGUUGAGCCACGAUGGUACCGUGCAAUUCUCUCUAGCUAACAUCACUGCAAGAGAUGCCGGAGUUUACAGCUGCACCGCCACAAAUGCAGUCGGUCAUACGGAGACAUCCACCAGGAUAGCUGUCAUCGAGGAUGAUAUUCCGGAUCAAUCGUUCAUUAAUGAACCAUCCAAUGUUAUAAGUGUAUCUCCCGAUAUACCAUAUUCCAAAGAGCCACUUUUCGUCACGAAACCACUAUCGACCGAAGCAGUUGAGGGUGACACAGUCAUCAUACUCUGCGAAGUCGUCGGAGAUCCUAAACCCGAAGUAAUAUGGCUGCGUGAUUUUCUCAAGCCCGAUUAUUACAAAGACGCGCCUCACUUCCGGCUGGUGGGCGCAGGACCACAAUAUCGCUUGGAAAUCCCUUACGCUAAACUCGACUUCACUGGAACGUACUCCGUGAUCGCUCGCAACUGCCAUGGGGAAGCUAAAGCUGUAAUUUCCCUGCAAAUUUAUGCCAAAGGUCAAGGCAAAGAGGAACAGACGCAAAAAUCUCACGGAAAAGUGAUGACCCUGCCGAUUAUAAAGAGGGAACUGCGAGAUCUCAGAUGUUGCGACGGUGACGCUGUCUCUCUAGAGUGUAAAGUUUACGCGACGCCGGAACCGCCAUUGAUUCGCUGGGAACGAGGAGGCAAAAUUAUAUCUAUGAUGGGCGAUUUCGCCGCCGAAUUCGACGGCGAAACGGCGCGAUUAAGUAUUCAGCACGUCUAUCCGGAGGAUGAAGGAGAGUACACGUGUGUGGCUUACAACGACCUUGGAAAGGCGUACACAUCAGCGUGUCUAGUUGUGGAUGUACCCGAGGGAAAGGAAAGUACACUGAGUCAAAGAUUGACGAGGCCAGUAGGUCUGUUGUCCGCAGGAUCAACACCGAGGUCGACGCCGAGAUCGACGCCAAUCAGAAGCUUGUCACCAGCGGUGUCACAUGGACGCGAGUUCAGAUCACCGCAAGUUCUGCCGCGAGGCGGCACGUCGUCGAAGCGACCGAAGGUUUGUCCGCCGAAAUUUUACGCGGUGCCGCACAAUCGUCUGGUUCAGGAAGGCGAGACUGUGCGUUUCCAAUGCGCGGUGGUCGGUCAUCCCGCGCCCUGGAUAAGAUGGGACAAGAAUGGUACCAUCGUGACACCGAGUACGAGGAUCUCCAUCAAGGAACGAGACGACGUGAAGAUACUUGAGAUCGUGGACGUAAUGCGAGAGGAUGCUGGUCUCUACAGAGUGACGGCGGAGAACGAUUUUGGCCGGAUCGAAGCCAGUGCUCGUCUGGAAGUAAUAAGUCGAUAUGAAUCAACAAGUCGGACUAUCAGGACCAGAAGCGCCUCACCUAGGACUUAUCCUUCGUUCGAUCGGAGUCUUCUGUCGACUACCAGCAGAAUAAGCGAACGUUUGCAGCUGGAAUGCCGUAUAAGAGGAACACCGAGUGUAACGCCGACGUGGUACAGAAACGGACGACCGUUGGAACGAUCCGCUAGAAUAAAGAGAUACUUUGACGGCACGACAGCCAAAAUCGAAAUAUCGAAAGUAAAGGCCAGUGACGCGGGUGAAUAUACGUGCGUAGCGACUAACGUCCUCGGAUCAACGAAAAGUAGCUGUCAGGUAACCGUAUUAGAUCCGCGUGACUCGUCUAUCGCGGACAAGAACGCACCGCGAUUUCUACGAUCGUUGCCGGAAGAGUCGAUUAUCAUGGAAAAUCAUUGUCAUGAAUUUCAGGCAGGAGUCACAGGUACACCUCCUUUCACGAUCACUUGGUUCAAGGACGGUCGCGAAUUACCUGACAACGAUUAUUAUAGAUACGUCAUAUAUGGAGACGGCGGAGUUGCUCUUAGAUUAUCUCAGGUUCGCCCGCAAGAUGCCGGUGAAUACACCUGUGUCGUGCGAAACGAUUUCGGUGUUGUGUCCUGUAAUAGUCUUUUUGCUGUUCAAGACUACAAGGACGCCCCAAAAUUGGCAUUACAAUUUACAAAGACUCCAUUGUCAGUAAUCGCUGUUAAAGGUGGUACCGCUUGUUUCUGUGCCCGAAUGCAGUGUGAAAAAACCAUGGAACUUGUUUGGACGAUUAACGGAAAAGAUGCUAGAGAAAAUGCAAAGUGUAAAAUCGAAAGAGAUGGCAACGUCAGCAUCUUAAGAAUACGCGACGUAUCGUCGCGUGAGACAGGGGAGAUUCGAUGCACAGUCUCCGUGAAUGGAAAGGGUCCAUCCAUCAGUUGCACUGCUAAACUGCAGCUACAACGUUCGCUACACGAUUCUAUCGACAGAAGCCUUCCGUCGGUUUCUGUAAUGACAAAGCCCGAAGAUAUUCAAUCUCAUGCACAGGCUAAGCUGACGAAUAAUAAUAACGCAGGCAUGUCAGAAAAAAUCACGGAGCUAUCGUUAUUGAAACGUCGACAAGGACGCGAGAAAUCUCCGACGCGAAUCAGAUCAUCGUCGUUUCCUCGUCGAAUCGUAUCGUGUACUAAAAAUAUUUCUCCUUUGCCAGCAAAAAAACGCAUUCUUAAUAAUGCGUCAGCUGAUAAUCGGAAAUCACGCUUUGAAAACAAUUUAUCGCGAAAAAUUACAAAGAAUUUAGAUAGUAACGCAGAAAUGUCAAACGAUCUAAAGUUAUCAUCUUCGUUCAACGAAAUAAAUGAAGUAGACAUUUCGAUAAAGUUAUUAUCAUCUAAGAAACCGGAGCAAUUUUACCAAGAUACUAAUGUCGUAUCGAACGAAGAAUGUGCGAAAUCGCUCGUAGAAGAGUUGAUGAAAGCUACAAUAAUAAAAGAUCCAGCUGACAUCGCCGUAUUUAGAGGAAACAGCGCAGUAGUCACAGCAACUUAUCAGGGACGUCCCGAACCGACGGUUAAGUGGCUUCGAGUGAAUCGCGAACUGCAGCCGGAUGAGAAGAUUAAGAUAAUCAGCGGGAACGGUACGUCUUGCCUGACACUAGACAAUGUGACAUACGAUCACGCUGGAAAAUACGAAGUCUCGGUGGAAAAUCUACUGGGCAAAGAACGAAGAUUCUUUAGUUUAGCUGUGGAAGGUCCACCUGAGCCAAUCGCGGAUAAACCGAGUGUGAACCUUAGCACUGGCCAAGCUACGAUUGUUUGGAGAUCGCCACCUUAUGACGGAGGUCGCACGGUAAUCGGAUAUACGGUAGAAGCAAAACACGCAGGUGAAAACACGUGGAUGGUAAUUGCCGAGUCUUGUCAUUCGCUGAGUCAUACGGUAUCUUCAGCUGAAACGAAUUUAGUGAUUCCGGGCGAGAGUUACCGUUUCCGCGUCCGAGCUGAAAAUAUUCACGGUCUCAGCGAUCCAAGCAUGGAAUCAGAUUCUGUCAGAAUUCCAAAGGAAGGAGAAACAAUGUUGCAAGAAGAGGAAGAAGAUGAAUUUGAGCCGAGCUUUGCGGCUCGUAUAGUAGAACCGGAAGACGGAAAGUUGUUCGGAGAAAGAUAUAAUGUUCUUGAAGAAUUAGGAAAAGGCCGAUACGGUAUAGUUAAGAAAGUCAUCGAGCAAGAGACGGACAUGAGUUUCGCUGCCAAAUUUGUUAAAACAAUCAAAGCGAAAGAUCGCGAACAGGUGCGCGAAGAAAUCAAAAUUAUGAACAUAUUAAGGCAUCCUAAGCUUCUACUAUUGGCUGCUGCUUACGAAAGUCCUCGCGAAACCAUACUGAUCACGGAAUAUAUUUCAGGUGGAGAACUAUUCGAGAGGGUAGUAGCUGAUGAUUUUACUUUAACCGAGAGAGACAGUAUCCUCUUCAUGCGACAAAUUUGUCAGGGAGUCGAAUAUAUGCACAAGAACAAAAUCGUACAUCUUGAUUUAAAACCCGAAAAUAUAAUGUGUCGUACACGUACUUCUCAUCAGAUUAAACUGAUCGACUUUGGAUUGGCUCAAACUUUAAAAUCCGAUACACCGAUUAGAGUACUUUUUGGUACACCGGAAUUUAUUCCACCGGAAAUCAUAAGUUACGAGCCUAUCGGCACCGAGUCCGAUAUGUGGAGCGUCGGUGUAAUUUGUUAUGUCCUGCUCACCGGUUUAUCGCCAUUCAUGGGAGAUAACGAUGCCGAGACCUUUGCUAAUAUCACACGAGCGGAUUAUGAUUUAGAAGACGAAGCUUUCGAUGCCAUAUCGAAUAACGCCAAGGAUUUUAUUAGUGGAUUACUAAUCAAACGAAAAGAAUUACGUAUGUCAGCCACACAGUGUUUAGAACAUCCAUGGUUAGCGCAACACGCUGCAACAAUGAGCAGAAUAGCUUUGCCGACUGAAAAAUUAAAGAAGUUCAUUAUACGAAGAAAAUGGCAGAAAACAGGAAAUGCCAUUCGCGCACUGGGAAGAAUGGCUAUUCUUUCGGCAAACAGUAGACUCAGUCCCACAGCAACGGCAGAGUCAUCACCUACGCUCGAGCAACGAUUCGAGAUGCAAUAUUCUGAUGAUAGACUUAAAUCAAUUCGCACUGCUAUCGAUGAAGAUACGGAACAUGUCGUGACAGACGCGAAAGAAAAUUCUGCUGAGACAGAAUCAUGGACGCAUCCCACUUAUAAAAUGAUUGAAAUAAAUACCGAAAUAGAAGAGACACCGGCGAAGGAAGAAAGCUUAAGUGAUCUUUCAAAUCAGGUCGAAGAAAAAACGUCUAAAUUACAUAUCGAAUUAAUUCCAAAAAUACAGAACGUCACGACGCGUCUGGAAAUUUUAGCGUCGAAAGAGAACGAGAAAAGUGACAAGGAAUUAAUCGAAAAAUCUUCCCAAAUGGAUGCUAUUCCGAAAUCACAAGUAUUGCACAGGGUAUUUCGUGGCGAUUCACGCGAUUCCGGAAUAGGUGAUUGCGGCUCGAACCAGAUGACAUCCUCAUUACAAAUGGAUGAAUUAGAAAUAGAGUCCACUAUCGUAGAAGAAGUAGAUCAUGAAACUCACAACCGAGAAAGUAAACAAACGUUCAGGAAGGAAGAAAAUCAACAAAGUUCUACAAGGAUCACACACGUAGCAAGUUUAUCACAAGGCCAAAAAAAUCCUCUUCACGAUUCCGGAAUUAUUGCGAGUAAUGACAAGGUAGUUACAAAGAGUGACGUAACUAAAGCUUCGUGUGAAACUAAUCCUGUGCGGAAAGUUGCCGAUGAAAGUUCGAACGCAAGGAUAUUAAGCGGACGUAACCACGAUAGAUUCCUUCCAACCGGAAAGGUAAGUCGCACGGCCAAGAUAUUCGAAAGAGAGAGUGGAACAUCGAAAUCGGACAAUUCACAGGUUCCGCAACGCGCGUAUCCUGCCGCUUUGGUCACAGGAAAGCCACACAACGAAAGAAUACAGAAAGCUUUCGCGUUCUGGAAUAAAUAAAAAUAUCUGUCGAAAAUAGCCUGGCACUGAAUAAAAUACAAAUUGAAGUAGAUAAAACUUCGUAUCACUUUCAAGAUAGAAAUGCAUUGUUAUCGAUAUAGAAAUGCAUUGUUUAUGAGAAAUCACGAAUAUAUAGAGAUAUUGUUCUUUACGCACAUAUACGUAUGUAAAGUAGUGACGUACAAUCUGUUGACAUACACUUGUUGAAGUCAUAAUCCUUGCUCGCGUUCCUAACAUUCAAAAAUAAAUAUAAAUUGUUUUAUCAAUUAUAUCAAUAUCAAAGUCGAUUUUACGAAGAGAGAAGCACUUGUGAGUGGUCAUUUUCACUUUUAUAAAAAAACCUUUAUAAAAAAGCAAUUUGUAACAUUUUUGUAUCAUAGAGUUUGAGAGAAAAUUCAGCUCUCAGAAUCUGCGCAAUUUGUUUCUUAUUUUUUUUAUUUAAACGCUAAUAUUAUAAUUACAUUCGUAAAUUGAAAGAAUAUUUUUAUGCUACAUUAAAAAUAGAUUUCAGUUCUCAAUGUAAUUUUGAAAAUCAGUGUUAUAUAUAGCUAUAUUUAUGUGCAUGCGAUUGAUACUUUUGUUAAAUAUAGCAUAUUUUAUAAUAUAUAUGUAAAACAUUUUUAAAAAAUGCGAAAUUGAAAAUAUACUAUAUUUCUUGAUGAUUGAUUUAAUAUAUAUAUAUAUAUCUGGUAUAAUAUUCUUCAGUACAGAAUAAUAAUAUAUUUAUGCUGGGAACGCGCAUAAGUGCACUCUAUUAAAUCAAAAAUGAUUAUUUUUGCAAACAUAUCCCUGCAGUUGUAUUGCAAAGAUGAGAUGGACAACGCCUGUAAUCUAUUUAUAAGUUAUUUACAUAGAGAAAUAAAGGAUUUAUCUAUGUA